CAUGACAAGCCCAACCCUUCUGUAGCUCUGUCUUCUUCCAGUCCUUUUUCCUCUAUAAAUCAGGGUCUUCAAGGAAAACCAAGCUUCAUCUUUUACAGAGCUUUCUCCACAUCCAACAAUGUCCAGAAUCCGAUCACUGAAGUUGGCUCUUCUCAUCCUUUUUUCUCUCACUGUCUUAAACUUUUCUUCUAUUUACGUCCAUGCCCUCAAUGUUGGCAUUCAGUCUGAAAAUGCAGUGAUCUCUUUGGGUAAGGAAUGCAGUAGAAAAUGUGAAUCAGAUUUCUGCUCAGUGCCUCCAUUUCUAAGAUAUGGGAAGUACUGUGGACUCCUGUACAGUGGGUGCCCGGGGGAGAAGCCAUGUGAUGGUUUAGAUGCUUGUUGUAUGAAACAUGAUGCCUGCAUUCAAGCUAAGAACAAUGAUUACCUUAGUCAAGAAUGCAGCCAAGCAUUUCUCAACUGUAUGCAAUACUUCAAAGACUCAGGAGGGCAUACCUUUAAGGGCAACAAGUGCUCAGUAGAAGAGGUGAUUGAUGUAAUUACAGUUGUUAUGGAGGCAGCUCUGAUAGCAGGGAAGGUUCUCCAUAAGCCUUGACAUGUGGGUUUUCAAUUUUAGAUAUAGAAGAAUAAGAGAAAGGGAGAAUGAAAGCAAAUUGACAUUCAUUAUUGUUGUUUUACUACUGAAAGACGAAAUAGGAGGUUUCAUGGUUCCAUUCGCUCC